CGGUCCCAGCACGUGGGCGCUGGUCGGUAGGUCUCGCGUGCCCCCUCAGGUCUGCGCGCCCGGGCCCGUCGCCCCCAAUUCCCGCCGUCACGCGCCUCCCCUGCCGCGCUCGCACGGACACGCAGCUCCCCCGCUCCAGGAGGCGGCGGUGGCGUGUAGCGGGCGCCCGGAGGAGACCCGGGAGGCGGGGUCGGGGCGUGCCGUAGCGCCCUGGUCCCGGAAGCGCCUGCCUGAAAGGCUCCCACGGAGCAGACCGGCGCAGUGGCCAGAGCGCCAGCAUCCCCCGACCCGCGCCUCCAGUACCCGUGCGCUCGGCCACCCCCGCCAAGAUGCUGCCGGUGCACACCGAGGUGAAGCCCAAUCCGCUGCAGGACGCAAACCUCUGCUCACGCGUGUUCUUUUGGUGGCUAAACCCAUUGUUUAAAAUUGGUCAUAAACGGAGACUGGAAGAAGAUGAUAUGUAUUCAGUGCUUCCAGAAGAUCGCUCAAAGCACCUUGGAGAAGAGCUGCAAGGGUACUGGGAUAAAGAAGUGUUCAGAGCGGAGAAGGAUGCACGGAAGCCUUCCUUAACUAAGGCCAUCAUAAAGUGUUACUGGAAAUCUUACUUAGUUUUGGGAAUUUUUACAUUAAUCGAGGAAGGCACCAAAGUAGUUCAGCCCAUAUUUUUGGGAAAAAUCAUUAAUUAUUUUGAGGACUAUAAUCCCACCAAUACUGUGGCUUUGCACAAAGCUUAUGGCUAUGCCACUGUGCUGACAGUCUGCACACUUAUUCUGGCAAUACUGCAUCACUUAUAUUUUUACCAUGUACAGUGUGCUGGAAUGAGGCUGAGGAUAGCCAUGUGCCACAUGAUUUACCGGAAGGUAACCACCUCUGAGAGUGGAAUUGCUGGGUUGUCUCAUGAAUGUGCUUACCUUUAG